AUGACAAUGGUUCUGAAUGAGACAUUAAGGUUAUAUCCAUCAGUACCAACUCUCACUAGAACAGUCAUUGAAGAUACUACAAUUGGGAAGUAUUUUCUGCCAGCAGGUACAUUGUUUUCGUUGCAGAUAGUACUGAUGCACCGCGACCCAGAAAUAUGGGGCGACGAUGUAAAAGAGUUCAAUCCAGAGAGAUUUCGCGAAGGUGUGGCAAAUGCAACCAAAGGGAAGGUUGCAUUUUUCCCAUUUGGCUGGGGACCUCGCACUUGUCUCGGGCAAAACUUCUCGAUGAUCGAAGCGAAAUUGGUGAUGGCGAUGAUUCUUCAACGCUUCUCCUUCGAGCUGUCCCCGUCUUACACUCAUGCUCCGCACGCGGUGAUCACACUUCAACCUCAGUAUGGUGCACAACUGAUUUUGCACAAAAUAUGAUGUAUUGGUUAAUUACUGCAGGAGAAAAUGUUCUCCAAGCUGAUGUGCCGGCUGUGACUGUGUUACUUUUAGUUCCAAAAUGUUUACUUUAUCUUAUUCACUGAAGAACAAGUUUCGAAACAAUGUAAAUUUUAUUUUCGUUUGUUGCUUGUCUGGUUUGACAAGUUAUUUUACCACCAAAAUUUGGAAGGUAUUUGGUGGUGUAACCAAAAUUUGGAGGA